AAAGAGAGAGAGAGAGAGAGUGAGGCGGCCGCGGCGGCCCGGGAGGCAACAUGGCGUCGGCGGGCGCGGGCCCCGAGAUGGUCCGCGGGCAGGUGUUCGACGUGGGGCCGCGCUACACCAACCUGUCGUACAUCGGCGAGGGCGCCUACGGCAUGGUGUGUUCUGCUUAUGAUAAUGUCAACAAAGUUCGAGUAGCUAUCAAGAAAAUCAGCCCUUUUGAGCACCAGACCUACUGCCAGAGAACCUUGAGAGAAAUAAAGAUUUUACUGCGCUUCAGACAUGAGAACAUCAUUGGAAUCAAUGAUAUUAUUCGAGCACCAACCAUUGAGCAAAUGAAAGAUGUAUAUAUAGUACAGGAUCUCAUGGAAACAGACCUCUACAAGCUCUUGAAGACACAACACCUCAGCAAUGACCAUAUCUGCUAUUUUCUUUACCAGAUCCUCAGAGGGUUAAAAUAUAUUCAUUCAGCUAAUGUGCUGCACCGCGACCUCAAACCUUCUAACCUGCUGCUCAACACCACCUGCGAUCUCAAGAUCUGUGACUUUGGCUUGGCUCGUGUUGCAGAUCCGGACCAUGAUCACACAGGGUUCCUGACAGAGUAUGUAGCCACACGUUGGUACAGGGCUCCAGAAAUUAUGUUGAAUUCUAAGGGCUAUACCAAGUCUAUUGACAUUUGGUCUGUAGGAUGCAUUCUGGCAGAGAUGCUGUCCAACAGACCCAUCUUCCCAGGAAAGCAUUAUCUUGACCAGCUGAAUCACAUUCUGGGUAUUCUUGGAUCCCCAUCACAGGAAGACCUGAAUUGUAUAAUAAAUUUAAAAGCUAGAAACUAUUUGCUUUCUCUUCCACACAAAAAUAAGGUGCCAUGGAACAGGCUGUUCCCAAAUGCUGACUCCAAAGCUCUGGACUUGCUGGACAAAAUGUUGACAUUCAACCCUCACAAGAGGAUUGAAGUAGAACAGGCUUUGGCCCACCCAUAUCUGGAGCAGUAUUAUGAUCCAAGUGAUGAGCCUAUUGCUGAAGCACCAUUCAAGUUUGACAUGGAAUUAGAUGACUUGCCCAAGGAAAAACUCAAAGAACUCAUUUUUGAAGAGACUGCUAGAUUCCAGCCAGGAUACAGAUCUUAAAUUUAUCAGGACAAGGGCUCAGAGGACUGGACGUGCUCAGACAUCGAUGUUCUUCCCAGUUCUUGACCCUGGUCCUGUCUCCAGCCCAUCUCGGCUAAUUCACCUUGACUUCUUUGAGCCGUUCGGAGGGGCAAUUUCUGGUAGUUGUGGCUUUUAUGCUUUCAAAGAAUUCCUUCAGUCCAGAGAACUGUUCCUGACACCCUUGUGUAUGUCACUCACUGGUGACCUAUGGCAGUGUGUACUUUCCAUGCACCUACUGCUUACUGUUGCUUUUGUCACUAAUCAAUCGCUUUCUGGUCUGAAAGAUGCAGUGGUUCCUCCUGCUCCUGAAUCCUUCCUAUAUAACACCUGUUGACCCAUGCAGUCGCACCAGAGAGAGUUCUUUCUAAAUUGUCUUGUCACUGGCAUCUCAGUUUAUGAUAGGAAAGGCUACUACCUAGGGCACUUUAAGUCAGUGACAACCCUUAUUUGCACUUCACCUUUUCACCAUAGCUGUUUCCCUAGAGCAGGGGCUCUGGAAACAUUUGGGAUGAUUUUGUGACCUGCAGGGCAAAUGACCUAUUUCAAGAAUCUGUGAAGGCACUUGUUAGUGUCUUUUCUCAUACCAUAUAUUAGUCACUAGCAUAUUUAAGGUAUGUGCUACUUGCCCAGCUUUUAGAAAACUAAAAAGUCAUUUUCUUAAAUAAAAGGAAGACUUUUGCUACACCCAGCAAUUUUGCUCUAUAGAUUUGCUAUGGUUACUUGUACCAUUGAUAUACAUGUAACACUUGCCAAAAUGUGUUAUAUGCAGUACUGAGUAUUUGCAAGAUAAGCAAAAAGAAUUUAAGUGAUGGCAUGUAAAGGUCACAGCAGGGUGCUGAGAAAAGUAUCUGGAGAAGUAGCCAGCAGGCUGACCAGAUGUCAUGGGGUGGGACACCCUCAGGUCUGCGUAUCCCCCUCAAGCUACUUCACAAUAGUGUGCCACAUUCCGUGUAACCACAUUCAGUACCUAAGGACUUCAUAGAGGAACACUGCGUCUUUAAAUGAGAAAGUGUACAAUUCUUUUUCCUCCUACAGCAUGUCAGCAUCUCAAGUUCAUUUUUCAACCUACAAUAUAAAAAUUUGUAAUAAAGCCUUCAUGAGCUCAUGACAUGAAGCACUAUUCUGUUGUCAAGUACUCUCAAAUGUUUCUAAUACUGCUGAGUUAAGACCAUAAGAAAAAGCUAGCACAUGUCAUGUUUGGAGUUCUAUCCCAUAUUUUCCUGACCUCUUUAAGUAUUUGUCCCUGCCACUGUACACUGUGGCCUUGACUCGGUGUUCUGUCCCAGUGCGGUGCCUCUUCCUGACUCCCCCAGUGCUCUCUGGUGAGAAAUUUGCCUUGUUCAAUAAUUACUGUACCCUCGCAUGACUGUUACAGCUUUCUGUGCAGAGAUGACUGUCCAAGUGCCACAUGCCUAUGACUGAAACGAAAAAUCUAUUGUUACCUCCAAGUUGUGUUCCACGGAAAAUCUAUACAGCAGCUCACUUAGGAAAAAUAAUUCUAUUUUUAGCUUUCAUUUCUCAGCUGUCCUUUUUUUCUUGUUUGAUUUUUGACAGCAGUGGAGAAUGAAUUAUAUAAAGACUGCCUGCUUAAUAUGAACAGAAAUGCACUUGUAAUUCAUGGAAAUAAAUGUACAUCCUUUAUCUUCA